GCUGGAGAGGAUGGAAGUGAAGGCAGAAAGGAGAAGGAGGGCAGCAUAAAAAUGUCAUAAAGGGAAUUUAGACAUAAGGAGGAGGGCAAAGACAAAUGGGAAUAGAAAGAAUAUUAGGAAGAGGAGGAGGAGAGGGAAACAGUUGGGGGAAUAGAGAGAAAGAGAAUCAGAGAGAAGAGGAGGAGAAUCACAGGAGGAGGAAAGAGGGGGUGAGAGAUCCAGAGAGGAGGAGAGAAGAGAGGGGGGAGAUAGAGAGAGAGGCUGCAGCAGAAAGAAUUGGUGCAGGAUCACAGGAGAAGCAGUGAGGGGGGGAGACCGUGAGAGGGGGCGAGGAGAGACCCCCCAUCCAGCCGUAUUCAUCUGAGGACCCCCCCAAAUCUGCACAGCGCCCUCCCCUUGGAGAUAUGUCCAGCGAGAAAACAGGUCCUCCUGACGCCGGACCCCACAACUCCCCUCCACCUUAUAACCAGCCCGGUGGUGACGGCCCUUGUAAUGGAGUUAUCCCAGGCUAUAAUGACCCCCCACCCCAACCAUCCAGUGCCACCCUCCCUCGCCAGGACCCCCAGGGAUACCUACAGGAGACUCAGUUUAACGGCCCUCCCCCUACUUCUCAGGGGUAUGUGGUACAGACUCACCCCUCUGGAGGAACGUUACCCGUUGGGGGGUAUGUUCCCCAAGGAUCGGGGUACCCAAUGCACCUGCAGCCGUGCACCGCCUAUGUACCCGUCUAUCCUGUAGGCACACAAUAUCAGGGGGGAUCUGUACCACCCCAGCCGGGAGUCCCCCCUCCGCAGAUCCCCCCCGGGCUGGCGCUCUUGGAGCCACGACGUCCCCCCCAUGACUACCUGCCCAUUGCUGUCCUCACCACUAUCUGCUGCUUCUGGCCCACCGGAGUCAUUGCUAUAAUAAAGGCCGUUCAGGUGAGGACAGCCUUGGCUCGCGGUGACCUGAUGUCCGCAGAGAUCGCUUCUCGGGAAGCCCGGAACUUCUCCUUCAUCAGCCUGGCAGUGGGCAUCGCCGCCAUGGUCCUCUGCACCAUCCUCACCGUGGUCAUCAUCAUCGCAGCUCAGCACCAUGAGAACGAGUGGGGGCCGUGAAGUACCCCACAGGGGCAGAAGGAGUGCAAAUAUAAUUUCCAGAACCUCUAUGUGCCCCCCGAGACUUUCCUGUGUGUCUCUCACCGUCCAUUUCUUCGUCUGAUUUCUGUUUCAUCUCGGUUUAUUUUCACCCCACUCUCUUAUUUUUUCUCCUCUCCA